GAUACAUUUGUAUGACUACAUGUAUUGACGUACUUACCUUUAUAAUAAAACAUCGAUCGAUAUUUACAGAUUUGUAAACAGCUACCCGGUUAAUGAAGAUCUAUAAAUGGUAUUGUAAAAUACUUGAGUUUUAACGAAAAUAUACCAGUGUGUGUGUUUGAAUGUGAUAUUCAAAGUGGCGCUGUAAUGGCGAAGAUCGUUCAUCCUAUAUCACCCCCGGAGUAUUCAGGACCAGGACUCAGUUUUGAUGGCGGACCAAAUCCCGGGAUAUAUCCAGGGGCUGCGGAAAUAAUGACCCCAGAUCGUAUAGAAGAUACAACACCUCCACCAGCAUACGAUUCAAUUUUCGUCAAUGAUCAGAGACAACCAAAACCUAACGUGCACCAUGAUGACAGAAAUUUGUGGGAGAAAGUUCACGAAUGGUUUGAAUUCUCGGUCCUACAACAAAUAAUUUGGCUUGGUGCUCUCGUCUUUGCGAUAACCUACAUUCGUUUCGGUUUGAAAUAUGCUGGUCAAUGUUUUCGGAAAAAGUACGAUGGAAAAGGUAAAACCACAGAAGAAGAAGAAGACCUCCCGUCAUUCAUGAAAAUAGAGGGCGGAGUUUUGUUAUCGAAUUGA